AUGCCGUCCACACACAAUGCAGAGAAGCCAUGGGAUACGGACGAUAUCGACAAGUGGAAGAUCGAGCCAUUCAAUCCCGAAGACAACGUUGCCGGUCCCUUCACUGAAGAGUCGAGUUUCUCUACACUGUUCCCCAAAUACCGCGAGCAAUACCUCAAAGGCUCCUGGAAGUUCAUCGAGUCGGCGCUGAAGAAGCAUGGCAUCACUGCUACGCUCAACUUGGUCGAGGGCUCCAUGACAGUCGCGACCACACGAAAGACGUACGACCCGUCGGCAAUUCUGAGCGCGCGCGACCUCAUCAAGCUGCUUGCGCGUAGUGUUCCUGCGCCGCAGGCGGUCAAGAUUCUCGAGGACGACGUGGCUAUGGACAUCAUCAAGAUCAGGAACCUGGUGGGCAACAAGGAUCGCUUUGUGAAGAGACGGCAGCGCAUUCUGGGACCGAACGGUUCUACGCUCAAGGCGCUCGAAUUGCUCACAGAAUGUUACUUGCUGGUGCAAGGAAACACAGUCGCAGCCAUGGGCCCGUACAAAGGCCUGAAGACAAUACGCCGCAUCAUCGAGGACACAAUGCACAACGUCCACCCAAUCUACGCCAUCAAAGAGCUCAUGAUUAAGAAGGAGCUCGCGAAAGACCCCGAACUCGUCAACGAGAGCUGGGACCGAUUCCUGCCCAACUUCAAGAAACGCUCCCUCAGCAAGCGGAGAGUACCUCACAAGGUCACCGACAAGACCAAGAAGACAUACACACCCUUCCCGCCGGCGCAGGAGAAGAGCAAGGUGGACCUGCAGAUCGAGAGUGGAGAGUACUUCCUUGGCAAGCAGGCAAAGGAGCGCAAGGCACGGGAGGACCGCGACACAAAGAUGAAGGAGAAGAUGGAGGACAAGCGGAAAGAGAGACUAGCCGAGUAUGUUGCGCCAGAGGAGGACGGCGAGGAGAAGAAGAAGAAAAAGCGGAAGCGCGAGGAAGGGGAGGAGAAAAAAGAGAAGAAAAAGAAGAGGGCCUCAAAGGGGGAAGCAGAGGAAGCAUCGUAG